AUGAGUUGGUCCUAUAUUGAUUCCGUAGUCAUCGUUGCUAUUUCAUUUUAUUUAAUACAAGCACCUUAUACAAAGGUUGAAGAAAGUUUCUCUAUCCAAGCUAUACAUGAUAUUUUAACUUAUGGUAUCUUUGAUUUGAGUAAAUAUGAUCAUUUCAAGUUUCCUGGUGCUGUGCAGAGGUCUUUUGUUGGUCCUUUAAUUAUUGCUUAUUUGACUAAACCUUUUGUAUUCGUUUCAACGAUUGCUAAUGGUGGUACUAAACCACCAACUGAUUUUGAAACACAGCUGUUAGUGAGAUGUAUCAUUGGAUUGACUAAUGCCAUUGCUUUAGUCUAUUUAAAGUCCUGUGCUGAAGCUAUGUUUAGGGAUAAAGAAGAAGAAGAUUCGAAACAAAGAAGGACCACCGUUUAUAUUUCAAACUCUUUGGGUGUAUGGUUUAUAGUCUUUAUCUCUACUGGUUUUCAUUUGAUGUACUACAGUUCAAGACCAUUGCCAAACUUUAUCUUGACAUUGCCUUUAACCAAUGUCGUAAUUUCGUGGAUUUUGUUAGGUAACUAUAAGUGGGCAAUUAGUCUAUGUGCCUUUGUUUCAGUAAUCUUCAGAAGUGAGGUUGGUGCUAUGGGUGUUGGAUUAGCUUUAUUCUCUAUCAUCUAUAGAAAGGUGUCAUUGUUUAAUGCUGCCAAGUUUGGUUCAAUGGGUUUUUUCAUUGGUAUAGGUAUUUCAUUAUACGUUGAUUCAUAUUUCUGGAAAGAAUGGUGUGUUCCUGAAAUUGAUUCAUUUAUAUUCAAUGUAAUUAAUGGACAGGCAUCCAAAUGGGGUACAGAACCAUAUUUUGCAUACUUGACUCAUUAUUUGAGAAUGUUAUAUCUACCACCAACAAUUUUGUUUUUAAAUUUGUUAGGUUUUAAAUUGGCUCCUGAUAUCCUAAAGGUUAUUAUUUUAUCUGCUUACUUCCAUAUUUUAGCUCUUUCAAUUCAACCACAUAAAGAAUGGAGAUUUAUCAUAUAUGCAAUUCCUCCAAUUACUUUAUCAGGUAGUGUUGCUGCUGCUUAUUUAUGGGAAAAUAUCAGUAUUACUUCUAUUCCAAAAUUAAUAUUUAUGACUCUAUUGCCAUUAUCACCAGUACUAUCAUUCUUCGUAUCAGUGAUGUUCUUAUUUGUUUCAAAAAUGAACUAUCCUGGUGGGGAGGCCUUGGCGACAUUUAAUUCAAUGAUUAUAAACAAUAACAUUACAAAUGUAUCUGUUCAUUUGAGUGUUCCUGCUUGUAUGACUGGUGUCACAUUAUUUGGAGAACUAGAUAAAUCAGUUUAUGGAGUAACUUAUGAUAAAUCAGAAACAGUCCAGGAACUAGAGGAACUAUGGCCAUCGUUUGAUUAUUUAAUCACUACUGAAAAAUCACCGUCAAUGUUUGUUUUCAAUAAAACAGAAGAACAUUGGGAACUGGUUGAAACAACAACGAUGUUUGGUGGUAUCGAUCUAAAGUUCAUAAUCAAUACCUUCUCAAGAGAGGGAUUAUAUUUAGCAGAUCUUCUAAAGGAAUGGUUCAUUAACAAAGAUAAUAGUAAGAAUUUCUCUGCAUUUAUGGCAAAUAUGAUUAAAUAUGAUGAUUUCCUUUAUACUUAUAAAAGAGUACCUCUAAAGGAUCAGAAUAACAAAAUUGAAUCAUGA